AAAAGGAUCCAAAGUGAUCAGGUGUAGAGAAAGCAAAAGAUGCAACGCGAUCACGCACCAUCGCCGUAGAGUCAAAUAAAUCAUAUCCUCGGUUAUCAAAUCCAUCCGACCCAAACGUCGUCGUCAUCAUCAAGUCCAAAAGCAAACACAAGAAAGAAAAAGGCAGAGAAGGAGAUCGGAUCGAGAUCGGAUUGCGGAGAUGGGGAAGAAGGCUUUGCUGGUGGGGUGCAACUACCCGGGGACGAAGGCGGAGUUGAAGGGUUGCAUCAACGACGUGCGGCGGAUGCAUCGCUGCCUGGUGGAUCGCUACGGCUUCGCGGAGGAGGACAUCGCCGUCCUCAUCGACACCGACGAGUCCUACCCCCAGCCCACGGGAGCCAACAUCCGCCGCGCCGUCGCCCAGCUCGUCGCCUCCGCCCGCCCGGGCGACUUCCUCUUCUUCCACUACAGCGGCCACGGCACCCGCCUCCCUGCCGAGACCGGCGACGACGACGACACCGGCUACGACGAGUGCAUCGUCCCCUGCGACAUGAACCUCAUCACCGAUGAUGAUUUCAGAGAGUUUGUUGACAAAGUCCCGGAGGGCUGCCGGAUCACCAUUGUGUCGGAUUCCUGCCACAGCGGUGGCCUGAUUGAUGAAUCAAAGGAGCAAAUAGGAGAGAGCACCAGAAAAGAGGAAGAAAGUUCUGAUUCUGGCUUUAGCUUCAAGGGCUUCUUGAAACAACAAGUCCAUGAGGCCUUCGAGUCCCGUGGUAUCCACAUCCCUCAUGAAGGCCAUCACCACCACCGCCACCAUGAAGCCGAGGAUGAUGAGGACAGACAGUAUAGUGAGCAUGGUCGCAUAAAGAACCGCUCCCUCCCUCUCUCCACAUUGAUUGAGAUCCUGAAGCAGAAGACAGGCAAGCAAGACAUUGAUGUGGGGAACCUUAGGCCAACCCUGUUUGAUGUCUUUGGCGAGGAUGCAAGCCCUAAGGUGAAGAAGUUCAUGAAGGUCAUCAUGAACAAGCUCCAAAAGGGGCAAGCCGGCGAAGGCGGUGGAUUCAUGAGCAUGGUUGGCAACCUGGCACAGGACUUUCUGAAGCAUAAGCUGGAGGAGAAUAAUGAAGACUAUGUGAAGCCAGCAAUGACGACCGAGGUCUACAGCACUCAAGAAGUUUAUGCAGGAGCGAAUAAGCGGGGACUUCCCGAUAAUGGGAUUCUGAUCAGUGGUUGCCAGACAGACCAGACAUCAGCGGAUGCGAAUAGCCCGAGUGGAGCUUAUGGAGCUCUCAGCCAUGCUAUUCAGACAAUUCUUGCAGAGGCUGAUGGUGAAAUCUCGAAUCAGGAACUCGUUAUGAGGGCUCGCAAGAUGCUGGCCAAGCAAGGAUUCACGCAGCAGCCCGGUCUGUACUGCAGUGAUGAUAAUGUUGAUGUUUCCUUUGUCUGCUGAUAGGGGAAUGUGAUACCUUGUUUCUGCAAGUAGAAUGUGGAGUGCUUAUAUGGUAUGGUUUGUUGAGAAAUAAACUUCAAUAGAAGAGGCUCUCUAAACUGGUCUUUACAUUGGGGUGUAUGUCUUUCUAAGUUUUGGUAUGAAGAGUGGGUACUGUUUAUUCUCCUUUGCUUUGUUGACUAAUAAUUAUAACAGGACAGGCUCUGUAACUUGGUUUUUGAAUAUGGGUGUGGAGGCAUUGUGGUUUCAGUUA